AUGAUCCAAAUAGCGGCACUCAUCACUUUGUUGGCUUGUGUGGUCGUGUUGGAGGCCCAGCCCCAACCAGGCUACUGCGUUUUCUAUGAGGAGUGUGGCAGAAACCCAUUUGUGGAGAGUAUCUUUCCUCCUUUAGUUCCCUGUUUCAACUACAGUGAAGCCCGGCACGUCACGGGAAAGCACUAUGAAAAACUCAUAAAGGUGUGCCCCAUGCUGGAUCGUGGAGAAAACAACACCUAUGCCUGCUGUUCCAGUAAUCAGUUGACAUCCCUGGACUUUAGUUUGUCAAUGUCAAAAGCUAUACUCAACCGAUGCCCUUCUUGUGCUGAAAACUUUGCAUAUCUGCACUGUAUCAACACUUGCAGUGCCAACCAAAGCCUAUUGGUAAAAGUCUUAAACACUGUGAAUGUGACUUAUAAAGGAAAAGAAAAUGAGGUUGUGGUGGGCUACCAAGCAUUUUUCUCCGCCACUUUUGUAGAAGACGCAUUUCAGUCUUGUAAAAAUGUCAGGAUCCCUGCCACAGGAGGCUUUGCUAUUGGUACCAUGUGUGGUCGGUAUGGCUCCAAACUGUGUACCCCUCAGCGCUGGUUGGACUUCCAGGGAGACUCCAGCAAUGGCUUGGCUCCACUGGACAUUGACUUUAUGCUGAUUCCAGAGGGAGUCACUGAGGGAGUACCGGAGGGUAUGAUUCCCUACAACACACGGGCUUUAAAGUGCAAUGAGACCACGCCAUCCGGAGGCCAGGUCUGCUCCUGCCAGGACUGCCAAGAGUCAUGUGAAAGUUUGAAACUUCCUCAGCCUGCAAAUCCCUUCAGUCUGAUGGGGAGUGAUGGCUUCUUGGUGAUUUCUGUUAUCUUAUUCUGCCUGCUGAUAUUUGCCUUCCUGUUCUACCUGUUUGUUUGUUGUCUGGUGAGGUCCAAGACAAGAAAGGAUGCAGCGAAAAGAAAGAGGAAGGGAAAAGGCAAGGACCAGAAUAGGAAUGAUGUGAUUCAGCAGGUCAUUAAUCCGUCAGAGAUUACUUGUGCUGACAAGAACAGCCUGGCUGCCCAGGAAUUCCUAAGCUCUCUGUUUCAGACAUGGGGAACCUUCAUGGCUUCGUAUCCCCUCACGGUUCUCUUGGUGUCUGCUGCAGUGGUAGCUGUUUUUUCUGCAGGCCUCAUGUCUAUUCAACUCACCACUGAUCCAGUUGAGCUGUGGUCUGCUCCUAACAGCCGGGCCCGCCAGGAGAAAGACUUCCACGACAAGCACUUUGGCCCUUUCUUCAGAACUAAUCAGCUAAUAUUGACAGCACCUGACAGAAAAGGCCACAUUUACGACUCUCUUUUGUUUGGACAGCUGAACUUUAGUGGUCUUGUAUCCAAGGAUCUCAUUAUUGAAUUGCUAGAGCUCCAGAAACAAAUACAAAGCAUAGAGUUCUGGUCAGAGGAUCUGAACCGCAGUGCGAGCUUGAAAGAUGUCUGCUUUGCACCAUUAAAUCCAUCCAAUGUUUCCCUGAUAGACUGUGCGGUGAAUAGCUUGCCACAGUACUUCCAGAACAGUUUGGACAACAUUAAUGCUAAGGUGAACAUGACUGAACUUGGAGUGACCAAAGAGGUGGACUGGAGAGACCACUUAUUCUACUGCUUAAAUUCUCCCUUGUCAUUCAAAGACAUCACUGAUUUAGGUAUGAGCUGCAUGGCUGACUACGGUGCUCCAGUCUUCCCAUUUCUGGCUGUGGGAGGUUACCAGAAUGAAGACUUCAUCAAUGCUGAGGCUUUCAUCCUGACCUUUUCACUCAACAACUUCCCUCGUGAUGACCCCAAGUUUAAAGUGGCCAUGCAGUGGGAGAUGGAGUUUCUUAAGAUUGUCCAAGAGUACCAGAAAAACCCCAAGUGCAACUUCAGCUUUGCAUAUAUGGCAGAGAGGUCUUUGGAGGAUGAGAUUAACAGGACAACAGCAGAAGACAUCCCCAUCUUCAUGAUCAGUUAUGCUGUAAUCUUUAUUUACAUCGCCGUGGCCCUGGGGGAGUACUCAUCGUGGAAACGCCUUCUGGUCGACUCCAAGUUCCUGGUGGGCCUGUGUGGUAUCCUGGUUGUUGCCUGUUCUGUUCUGGCAUCCAUGGGCUUCUACUCCUGGAUUGGAAUCCCAUCAUCACUGGUCAUUCUCCAGGUCGUCCCCUUCUUGGUGUUAGCUGUUGGAGCCGACAACAUUUUCAUUUUUGUUCUUGAGUACCAGAGAGACAUACCGAGAUCUGGAGAGAAAAGAGAAGAGCAAAUUGGACGUGUCCUAGGAAAUGUUGCUCCCAGCAUGCUCCUCUGCAGUCUCUCUGAGUCUGUUUGCUUCUUUUUAGGGGCUUUGUCCACCAUGCCAGCAGUGAAGACCUUCGCCCUAUAUGCUGCUCUGGCUGUUCUCAUGGACUUCAUCCUGCAGAUGACAGCCUUUGUGGCACUGUUGUCCCUGGAUGCACGACGCCAAGACAGAAACCGCUGUGAGCUGUUCUGCUGUGUAACAGUGUCAACCCAGCGGCCCAACAAGCCAAAUGAGGGCUUCGUCCUACCCUUCAUGAGGAACUACUACGCUCCAGUCCUACUGCACAAUGUCACCAGGAUCAUAGUGGUAAAGCAAUGUUGGGUGUUUAUCUUCAUGCUUUUGUGGUCUAUAUUCCUUAUGCUGAAUGUGACAGUGGGUCUGGAUCAAGAACUCGCGAUGCCAAAGGACUCCUACAUGCUGCAGUAUUUUCAAUACCUGUAUAAAUAUUUCGAAGUGGGAGUUCCGGUUUAUUUUGUUACAAAAAGGGGCUUUAACUUCUCAACUGUAGAAGGGAUGAAUGCAGUCUGCUCCAGUGCAGGCUGUGACUCGUUCUCACUCACUCAGAAGAUCCAGUAUGCCACAGACUUUCCUGAACGCUCCUACUUGGCAAUUCCUUCCAACUCCUGGGUGGAUGAUUUCAUCGACUGGCUGAACCCUGGAUCCAGAUGUUGUCGCCUCUAUACGUUUGGUCCAAACAGUGGAGAGUUCUGCCCUGCAAAUGAAGACUCAGUUCCAUGUGCCAGGUGUAUGGAUCAUCUAUUAGAUGGUGUCCUCAGGCCCGAUGUUGAAGAAUUCAAUAAAUUCCUCCCCUAUUUCCUGGGUAAUAGACCUGACCUGCAGUGUCCCAAAGGUGGUCUCGGUGCCUAUGACAAAGCUGUGGUGAUGGACAACAACAGUGAAAUUAUAGCUUCUCGCUUCAUGGCAUAUCACACGCCUUUAACCAAAUCUCAGGAAUUCACAGCUGCACUGCUGACAGCCAGAGAGCUGGCCCACAAUAUCACCAUGGGCAUGAGGAACAUCUCAGGAACCUCAGCUGAUUUUGAAGUCUUUCCCUACACGGUGACGAAUGUAUUUUAUGAACAGUACCUGACAAUUGUGCCAGAGGGACUUUUCAACAUCUCGUUGUGCUUGCUGCCAACCUUCGUGGUGUGCUGCCUGCUGCUGGGUUUGGACAUGCGCUCUGGCUUCCUCAACCUCGUUACCAUAAUCAUGAUCAUCGUGGAUACUGUUGGUGUCAUGAAGCUGUGGGGCAUAGAUUACAAUGCAGUGGCCCUUAUCAAUCUAGUCACGGCGGUGGGCAUCUCUGUGGAGUUUGUGUCCCAUCUGACACGAUCCUUUGCACUCAGCACAAAACCCACACAUGUACAAAGGGCGAUGGAAGCUACAUCCAACAUGGGCAGCGCGGUGUUUGCUGGUGUCGCUAUGACCAACCUGCCAGGCAUCCUUGUGCUGGCGUUUGCCAAAGCGCAGCUCAUCCAGAUGUUCUUCUUCCGUUUGAACCUGGUCAUUACACUUUUGGGGAUGGCUCAUGGACUCAUAUUCCUGCCUGUGCUCCUCAGCUACUUUGGUCCUGGUGUGAACAAAGCUGUGCUGUGGCGGCAGCAGCAGGCUCAGGCACGAGCCAACCAGGAGCAAACAGGACCUCACUGCUCAAAGCACAUUUAUGAUAAUAACAUAAGCUGUGUGGAGCACAAUUAUGAUAAUAACAUAAGCUGUCAGGAGCACAUUUAUGAAGACACAAAGUCUCCUACUGGUGAUGGCAGGCCUUCACAGAUUACAGACACAGAAGAGAAAACUCACCGAUUCUGA